AAAACCCGGAGACAUGCGUCAAAUUUUUUUUCUUUCUUUUCGGGCAACCAGAUUUUAAAAUGGACAGCCGCCGCAAAAGCCCAAAUUUGGCAAAGACACCCGAGAAAAGUUUGUCGGAGACCCGAAACUGAAAAGAUCCUCUCAGGAGUAUUUGCCGCUUCCGCUUAGGAGCGUCCUUGUUCACUCUGGGUGUCCGAAUUUCAUCGAACAAGUGGUAUGCGGCGUUAGCUAGCAAAAAAAGGCGAUCACACUCCACACUCAAAGCAGCUUCAAUGCUUGAAGGGAAAGCACUUCACACUCAGUGGCUGGCUACUCAAUGCUUGGUAGUUGCCUAGCUAUCGAACUCUCGGCAAUUACUUAAGUUUGGAAACUACUGAACAGUAACAUGUGUUUGAAAGGCAGCCACAACGAAAGUUCAGUUGCGAACCACCAAACUUGCCAAACGUACAGUGUUUCGAUUCUAUAGGAGUUAACUUGGGGUGCUAAUGUAGUUGAGUUCAUCAUCAACCUCGCUGAAGUUUCAAUAGCUUUUGUUCAAGAGAACAAAAUCCCUGCUGUGAGUUAUUUUCCAAACUAUUAUGUCAUUAUCAUAACUAGUUACUUAUUUGAAGCCACUGAUGUCUUAUAUUUCGGUACUAGAACCUUCAUAAUCCAAUUUUGUUGUAGUAAACAUGAUAUAAGUACAAAGACCAACUUGCCUUGUAUAUUUUGACCCUUUGAUUGUUAUAUUGGUUUCUUCCUAUUAUGGUACUCCAUUUAUAUAAAAUUUAUUCCCCUCUCCUUUUAUGUUUUCUAAGAUCCUUGGGUACGUAGUAAUUCUUUCUGCAGAUUUGAUCAUGCUUUCCAAACUGUUCUGCGCAUAUAAAAGCAAUUGUCAGCUUCACAAAUGUUUCUAGCACCCAAAGACAUAAGAUCUGGGGGUAUCUUGCUUUUCGUGGGAGGAAUUCUCUCAGUUGAAGUUGGAUCCCAAAUUAGAUCAAAUUAUGCUGAAAUCUUUGUGGGGGCCAUCAAAUGACAGAUUUUCUACCAACUAAUACAAUUUUGGUAAUUUCAGAGAUAAGAACAGACAUUUGUAGCAAAACAGACAUCUGAACAAUUAUGCUAUUCCAAGACUACUGGAAAGUUAUCAUCCCAAACAGUGGAUCGACUGCAAAGAGAUAUAUACUGAUGCACAACUGGAGAAUGAAAAGCUGUAAUUAGUACAAAUGCAGCAAUGUUGGUAAAGGACCAAUGUGAAGAAUACACAGGUUUGAUCUAGUGCACUAGUCAACCAAAGAAGAGAUGGGGGAGGAUUUGGUCAUGUAAAAGUGUCAGUAAAACAUAGAUUUGUCAAGUGUUUGGAGCAAUGUGAUCCAUAGCCAUGAGGGCUUGCUCUCUAUGGGGGUCCAUCCUUCCCUGGUUGCGAUUUACUUCUCCCAUUUUUGGUGGUUCUGCAUCCCUUUUUGAGUUUGAGUUGUAUUUUUGGCUUAUGAUUUUCGUGGGCUACAUGGUAGUCAACACCCAGGAGAUGAUUGAGAGGGCACACCUUGGUGAUCUGGUCUACGUGAAGCAUCCCCUAACCCUUUUCACUGAUUUCAUUGCUGUUUUGUUCGCGCACACAUAAUCAGACAGAAAAACCCAUCUAGGGAUUUUCAACCUCUGCCGCCACAGCCACAACUAGCUUCAAAUUUAUCAAGCCGAUAAGCAUCCAUUCUCUAUAAGGUUCAAGGCAGUAGAAUUUUGCUUCACUUGCAGACAAUCAUGGCAAACCCCACCUGGUUGCCACCUUUGUCAAGGCACUUUGUAUCUUCUCAGAAGCCAUGAGCCACCUGCCCUGGAAGAAAUGAGGUGUAACAAUGUGAAAUGCUAUUGCCAUGCAAAGAGAAGGAUGGCUUCAGACUCUUCACAGAUCAUGUUAUACUUAUCUUUCCCUCUUUACCUUCUCCAUCCUAUAAAUAUUAAAUACCAACACCUUCUACUCACCACUUCACCACAACUAGCUAGCUAUCUCUCUGAUCAUUACAAUGGCUAAGCCUAUAGCUCUCGCCUUUUCUCUUUGCUUGCUUGUCCUCUUCCACAGCUGCUUAGCAGCUCGCCAACAAUCUCAGUCAAGCCAGCAGAACGAGUGCCAGCUAGAUCAGCUCCAAGCUCGCGAACCUGAUAACCGCAUUGAGACUGAAGCGGGUAGGAUCGAGUCUUGGGACUACAACCGCGACGACUUCCAGUGCGCUGGUGUUGCUGUUCAACGAAUCACCAUUGAAAGAAAUGGCCUUCACUUGCCUUCUUACACCCACGCUCCACAACUCAUUUACAUAGUCCAAGGAAGUGGUUUUCUAUCUACUGUAUUUCCUGGCUGUCCUGAGACUUUCGAAGAAUCUGAACAAUCUGAUGAAGAACAACAAGGGCAAGGGCAGCAGGGGCGCCAUGGACAGCAAGGCCGUGGACAACGGGGUCAACAAGAACAAGAAGAGGAAGAACAACGACAACGCCAACGCCAACGCCAACGUCAACAGGGACAACAAGGCCAUGGACAGCAUGAUAGACAACAAGGACAGCAAGGCCAACGGGGACAAGAGAGCUUCGAACAGCUAGACAGACACCAGAAGGUUCGACGCAUAAAAGAAGGUGAUAUUGUUGCUAUUCCUGCCGGAGUCACCUACUGGUCCUACAAUGACGGUGACCAACCUCUAGUUGCUGUCAGUCUUCUUGACAUCAGCAACAACCAAAACCAGCUUGAUCGUAACCCGAGGAGAUUCUAUCUUGCUGGUAACCCACAAGAUGAGUUUAACCAACAAGGGCAAAGCCAGAGUCGAAGGGGCCAGCAAGGACGUGGACAACAAGGGCAAGGCCAAAGUCAAUGGGACCAGGACCAGCAACAGCAACAGCAAGGAGGAAGGAGCAGGCACCAGCAACAACAGCAUGGAAACAACAACAACAUCUUCGCUGGCUUCAACACACAGCUCCUCGCUGACGCUCUGAACAUCGACCAACAGACUGCGCAGCAGCUUCAGGGACAAAACGACAACAGACCCCAAAUCGUCAGAGUUAGAGGACGUCUUGAUUUUAUCCAGCCGCCACAGUCACAACAGGAGGAAAGACAAGAACAGGGAAUUCAGAGACAACAGGGACAGAAUGGUCUUGAGGAAACUCUCUGCAACUGGAAGAUCAGAGAGAAUAUUGGCAGGCCUUCACGUGCUGACGUCUUCAGUCCCCAAGCCGGUCGCAUCAGCACCCUCAACAGCUUUAAGUUGCCUAUUCUCAGGUACCUUGACCUCAGCGCUGAGAGAGGCUUCUUCUACAAUAAUGCUAUCUACAGCCCACACUGGAACUUGAACGCCCACGAAGUGUACUACGUCAUUCGAGGUAGCGCUAGGGUUCAGGUUGUGAACGACAACGGCCAGGCCAUCUUGGACAACGAAGUCCGCCAGGGACAGCUCUUCAUUGUGCCACAGAACCACGCAGUGUUACAAAAGGCUAGCAACAACGGCUACGAGUACAUUGCCUUCAAGACCCAGGACAAUGCCAAGAUUAACACUCUGGCUGGCCGGACCUCAGUCCUGCGGGCACUCCCCGACGUCGUCCUUGCUAACGCAUACCAGAUUGACCGACAACAGGCAAGGAAUCUCAAAUACAACAGACAGGAGACUGUUGCUUUGAGCUCUUCAAGGUCUUCCCAAUCCCAGAGGAGCUGGUGGGCUAUUGCGUAAAUGAAUGCAUGAGUAAUGAAAUGUAAAAAUGUAAUGCGGCACGUAGUUGUUUUUGGAUGGUACAAGCUAGCUAAGGGUACAAAGAAUAAAAAUGGCUUUUAUAUGGCUGUGUUGUAAGAGGAGAAAUCUACUGUACGAAUUAGGAAAUAUCAAGCUACUACGUACUUGUAAUCUUUUGCUAUCUAAUAAACUCUCUUCUUUA